GUUGGCUCUCAAACAAUAGAAAGUGGUAUGUACCAUCAUGGUCUCUACGAUAGGUACAUUUCCCUACGAAGUCAAAGAUGAUCAUUUUUACUUUGCAUUUAUGAAACACAGUUUCUUUGAGUGUGGAUCAAUAUGUGUGGAUGAAUUCAUCUGAAAAUCUGUCGUCAACUCAACUUCGCCCGUUGUACUGUCCGUUGCAUUAGAUUGUGCCCCCGGGAUCCCUUUUUGAAGGGGAAUUGUGCCUUGAUCCUUCUCUGCUACCUUUCUAACGGGAUUCAUUUUGCCCCGGCUAUGAUAACCACAGCAUGGAAUGAAGCUGGAUAUUUGAAUUGAUUGAAACAGCGAAUUGCACUGUACUGCAGUAGAGAUGACAAGAACAUAGGAGGAAUUGAACAAACAUUUAAGGUUAUUUUAUUCAGGAGCAAGUGCCGUUCCUAGAGCGAAUCAAGGGAGCGUGGAGAGGAAAGAGCAGAAGAGAAGGGAGGAGGAGGGGUAAGAGGCGCUAUGCCAUUCCCAUCUUUUUAUUAGGUGUGGUAGUCGUGGUCCAGGUAUCCCAGGAUGCCGUUGGUGAAGAGGAGUAUCGAGCCCAGGCACCUGUGCCACACAGUGCUGCCACGGGCCAUCAAGAAUGAGCUAGAGUGUGUGACCAAUGUGUCCCUAGCUAACGUCAUACGACAGCUCAGCAGCCUCAGUAAGUAUGCAGAGGACCUGUUUGGGGAGCUGUUCAACGAGGCCCACUCCUUCUCCUUCCGGGUCAACUCCCUGCAGGAGCGCGUGGACCGCCUCUCUAUCAGCGUCACACAGCUAGAUCCUAAAGAGGAGGAGUUAUCUCUCCAGGACAUCACUAUGAGGAAGGCGUUUAGGAGCUCCACCAUCCAGGACCAGCAGCUGUUUGCCCGCCAGUCGCUGCCCAUCCCCCUGCAAGAGACCUUUGACCUCUGCGAGCAGCCGCCACCCCUCAACAUCCUCACACCCUACAGGGAUGACGGUAAGGAGGGGCUGAAGUUCUACACCAACCCCUCCUACUUCUUUGACCUGUGGAGAGAGAAGAUGCUGCAGGACACAGAGGACAAGAGGAAGGAGAAGAGGAAACAGAAGUUGCAGGACCCCAACAUGUAUGAUCAGGUCUAUAGGUACUUAGACCUCCCAGGACAGGUUAGGGGAAACGACCGUACUCUGGAGACUGAGAAGAUCCCGCGGGCGCCUCACGACCGGAAGAAGGAGUGGCAGAAACUGGCGCUCGGGGCGGAGCUAGCUGAGGACGACCCUGAAGAGGCCCUGAAACACAGAGAGGCUAAUGGCUCCGCUCCCUACCACGACAGGUCUGGAGCUCCUAGUUACUUGGAUGGGAUGGACGGGCCAUUCUCCCUAGCAGCGCUGCCCUACAGCCAGAUGAAUGAGCUGCUGAACCGCCCUGGGGACAGAAUGUACACAAGACCCCAUGACCCCCCACCACCACCCCCUAUGCACCAUCUGGGAGACAUCAAACCCCCCUCCAUGAUCAGCUCCAGUUCAGGUUUUUCAGACAGCAGACCCCAAUCUCCAGCACAGACUCACGGCUUCAACUCCAACACACCUCCCCCUCCGCCACCCCCCUUGCCCCCUCCACCUCCUCCCUUGCCUUCCAUGUCUGGUUUUGGCCCUCGGGGCACCCCUCCUCCCCCUAUUCCUCCUCUACCCGUCCAGCAGCAGCCACCGGCCAUCCCCCCUCCCCCUGCCCCUCUCCAGAUCGCCCCUGGCGUCCUCCACCCUGCCCCUCCCCCAGUGGCACCUCCCCUCCACAUCUCCUCCCCAGCCCGUCUCCAGCAGGUCCUGGACAGGGGCCCGACCCCUGGCCAAUCAGAUGGCACCGUGCUACCUCCUCCGCCCCCUCCCCCGCCCCUCCCAGGAGUGCGGAGCUCCUCCCCCUGCCCACCGGGCCCACCUCCCGUGCCUUCCUUCCUGUCAGGUGCCAUGGCGUCCCCGCUCUCUCACUCCGGGGGGAAAAAACACUCCGCCAACCUGCCGCCCAUCAGCGAUGCACGCAGUGUCCUAUUGGAGGCCAUCCGCAAAGGUAUCCAGCUCCGGAAGGUGGAGGAGCAAAGAGAGCAGGAGGCAGCCAAACACGAGCGUGUGGGGAACGACGUGGCCACCAUCCUGUCCCGACGCAUUGCCGUCGAGUACUCCGACUCAGAGGACGAGUCCGAGUUCGACGAGGGAGACUGGAUGGAGUGAAUGAGAUGGAGGGAGAGGAAAAGAAAAGAGAGGGGGACAAAAGGCAAAACUGUCACCCAACUGUACCCCCUUUAGAGAUGUCAGAAUCCAUCCUUACAUCCACUAUCCUCUGUCAGUCCUGUUUUACACCCUCACCUGUCAUACCACACCUCUCUCUCUCGCCCUCUUGCUCUCUCUCCCCCUCUCUCCCCCUAUUUUUCCUCCAUCUCUCUCUUUUUCCCUCUCUACACCUCCCUCUCUUUCUCUCCCUCUCUACCUCUCUCCCUAUUUCUCUCUCCUCCCCCUCUCUCUAUUCUCUCCCUUCCUCUCCCUCUACACUUCCCUCUCUCUUUCUCUCUGUCCCUCUCGUUCUCUGUCAUAUACUGUUCUUGGUGUGUUUGUAGGAAAAUAUCAAUUUCAGUUGUUUGUUCCCCAUGUUCUGGUCGGGAAAUGUUUUUGUACUCAUUUUCUACACUACUACACAUUGUUCAGUGGCUCUUAUGUUAUUUUCCUUCUUUAUCCUCCAAUUGUAUGACAUCCUCCUCAUGUACAGUUGUUUAAAAAAUGACCGUUAACCAAACAAUUUUUUUUGUUUCCGAUAACCUUUUAAAGAAAAGCUAUUAACAACUACAUGUUUUUUUAUUUCCUUUGUUUCUUGCUGUUGAGUGUCAACGUGACGAGGUGGCCUGAUUCUUCUGUCCUUAGUUCUGAUACUAUCCUGCCACCUGGUGGGCCAAAGUGGAGGUGAAUUGAUUCUGUAUUUUAUUAUCUCUAUUUUGAGUUUCUUUUCUUACAGAAAAACACUUGCAGUUUUUAAAUGGGCCAGUUGUUGCCAAUAUGAACCACUUGAAGGAUGGUAGCCAUCCUGAAUAUCAGUCGGCUGUGGUUGUUUGCUGAGGAGAUUUAUUGGAGUCGUUGUUUGUUUUUAUAUUAUCAGGAUUUUACUUAUCACCUCAGAACAAGGAAAUAUUGUGAUGAUAGUAUGAUAUGUUAUGUGAUGAUUGUUGUAUGAUUGUGAUGAUGAAGAUAAAGAAGGAUAAUUGUGAGACAUUAGAAGGAAGUUAUUAAGUGAUCCGAGCUAAUCUAUGUUAAUCGUUCCCUUAUGUCACCCAAGGACGUGUCUGUCAAGUUUAGCCAAAUGUUUUAUUAUCUAGGUAUGUGUGUCCUCAAAGAGCCACCGUAAUGUAUCUUGGCAGCAAGGAAGUAUCAUGAAGUUUGGAGCCAUAUGGUAUACUAUACUAGACUAGUGUCUGACCAACAGGAACCACUUUACAGUAGUGGCUGACCAAUAAGAACCACUUUACUGUAGUGCUGACCAACAGGAACCACUUUACAGUAGAGUCUGACCAAUAAGAACCACUUUACAGAAUGGAUAUCAAAGGCAGCUUAUUUCCCAGGGUCCCCCACUCUGUGUGUGCUGACUAACAAGAAGCCUUACCUCGUUUGACUCUAGAACACUAACUAACUGUUACUAUGAAGAAUAUAAAUAAAUGAACAGCAUGGGUCUACCUGUGUUUCUGCUGCCCAAGGGGGCGGGACUCUGAAGAGAAAGAAUGAUUUAUCUGCCUUCACUGCCCCCUUUGAAGAAGAUGAUGUCUGCCGUCCUUUUCUUUCUCUCUUCCUACUUUCUCUCUCUUCAACUUGCCUUAUUGUUUGUACAGACGUAUUGUUGAGUUCAUGAAUGUAUCGUGCUGUUACUACUUUUUGCCUGCACUCGUAUGGAUUAGCUGUUUCUAUGUUUGGGGACGGGGAAACCGAACCCUGGGUUAAAAAAAUAUCAAACCGUGUAACAUGUAACUUAUGUAAUUGUAACAGUUUGCUUGAAUUAAUAAAAGCUAAUGUUAUGUUUCA